UCAUUGUAUAAAAAUAGUCAAAGUCACGCAUUUCUGUAUUAAAAUAGCCUGCUGCCCAACUCCAACUGAUAAGCAAGAAUGGACAAUGACAAAAAACCACAGCAUGAGGGUGCUGCUAAAGAGACUCCUGUUGCUAAAAAAGAAUUGGGUCAACCAUCUGAUGCCACUGCUGCUGAUGCUAAAGGGAGACAUCAAACAAAAAAACAGUUUCGCCAUCAUGAACCUGCUAAACCUCUUAGUGAAAAAGAACGGCUUGAGGCUACAAUCCGGGGGCUUCAUGAUGACAGGAAAUAUGCAGAAGAAAAAAUUAGAGAACUUGAGGCUGAAAACAGUCAGUUAAAAGCAAGUCUUAAGGAAGAGAGAGAAUAUUCAACUUAUGUAGCAGCAAAAAUUUGUCAGCUUCAGCAGGAUGAAAAUCACGAGUUGACGACAAGCAACCAACAGGAAACUGGAAAUCCCCCAUUGAAUGACAGUAGUCAAGGAAAUCGAGGUCUUAUUUCCACUGUGUCUGGGUGUUGCAAGAAAUGGUUCAAAAAAGAUGAACAACCCUACUCCACAGACUCCCAACCCAAAGUGUCCUGUUUUUACCGCACUGACAAGGCUAAAUUACAAAGUUCCUCUGCCAAGAUAAAUGUUGCGUUCGGGCAUCAUCAAGGUAACACAAUGGAGGACGCAGAAAUGAGAAGCCUGUGGAAUAAAUUGUUUCUCAAAGAUGCUGAGAGAGAUUUUCCCCAAAGCUGCGACCACUCCAAAAAAAAUGAAAUCCGCCAAGACUAUUGCAAAAAGUUUUUGGAAAUUGCUGACAGUGUUAAAGAAGAGCUCAUUAAGAGAAUUACUAAUUGCUUGGAAGCUAGUGUCAACUCUAGUCAACGGCUGAUCCCUGAGAUUUACCUGAAAGAAGUUAAAAGGGCCCGUGAGAUCCUUUGGGAGCAGCUUGUUAAUAACGAAAUCCCAGUUGACAAGAUAUCUAUGGAGGACAUUGUGAGAAUGGUUGAUCUCUUGAAACUUCUAUUCACUCCAAGCACUGACUCAGAUCAAGAGGUUUCGAACAUGAAAACACUCGAAACUGCUUUUUCUAUUCUUGUUAAUGUCCCAAAUGUCAGGGAAAAUUUUCCUCAAAGCAUAUGUCUUGACGAAUCCAUAAACAGUGAAUUUGCUGAAAGUGCAUUAUCGCUAUGUGAAAGAAUGAGCACACGAGUCCCACCAUACCUCGCUUCCAUUAGUAAAGAGUGCUAUGUGUCAGAAGUUCAUGAGCUGAAAUUUGUAAAAGGAUAUUUAAACCCUGAAGAAGACCCAGAAAUGCCUAUGAACUAUCUUCGCCCAAUUGUUUACUACAACUAUGAAGGACACGUUCUUAUUCCGGGAAUGGUGGUAAGCAGCCGCCGUGUCAUUGAUGCUCAUAAUCUGGGAAAUACUGGCCAGGCUGAUUCAACACAAAAUCAGUGUGGAAGCAAUUCAGAGUCUACACAAGAGGAAAAAUGAUCUCUAUACGUCACUGCUUCAACUGGAUAGCUUAGAACUAUACCACUUUAGGCGUUGUUAUUGUUACAUACUAUAAUUAUAAUAGCUAGAUUGGUUAUAUAGUUUAUUGUAUUAUAAUAUAGAUCUAUAGCCAUGCCCCAAUCGUUUGUAUAACAUACCUUUGGUUCUAUCACUAUAAUUUU